GGCAGCAGUAAACGACAUUGUGUAUUGUGCUACCUCAGGGUUUGUUUGCUGGACAGGGAGAGCCAAAAGUGAUCAGAAUGGGGUUUGGCACAUUAUUCUUAUUAGUCGAGAUGUUGAGUAUAAAAGUCUGGCGUCAAGCUGCAGAUGUUUAAAAUUUUGAUCUAGGCCAAAUCAGAAUCAGGUUUACUAUCACUGGCAUGUGCGUGAAAUUUGUUAACUUAGCAGCAGCAGUUCAAUGCGAUACAUAAUCUAGCAGAGAGAAAAAAAUACAUAAAUAAGUAAAUCAAUUACUUAUAUUGAAUAGAUUAAAAAAGUGCAAAAACAAAAAUACUGUAUAUUUUAAAAAAAAAGUGAGGUAGUGUCCAAUGCCCAUUUAGGAAUUUGGAGUAUUGUGUGCAUUUCUGGUUACUGCAUUACUGGAAGAGAAGGAUGUGGACGUUUUGGAAAGGGAGCAGAAGUUGGUUUACCAGGAUGUUGCCUGGAUUAGUGACUAUUUGUUUGAAAGGUGAUGCUGAACAAACUUGGUCUUUCUACAUUUAAAAGAAAUGGCAGAAAAUGAAAAUCAUAUGCUGGAAACUCAGGAGCAAGGUGAUUCACUGGAGAAGGAAGACUCUACCCAGGCAACACAAGAACCAAGUGAUGAUCCUGAAGUAGUGGAAAACCCUUCCGAUCAGCGCACAAACACUUCUGACAAACCAGCAGACGGGAUGGUUGAUGCAUCAACCAAAAUUGAUAAUACUGCUGUGUUACAUUCAGAAGAACCUGAAAGUUCAGACCAUGUGGAAGGUGGUACAGUUGAAGGAGUCAUGAUGCAAGAAGAAAUCACAACAGAUGAAACAGUAGAAACAAAGCAUGUGGUAACACCAGAUCAUGCUGAGGAUUCCAAGCUAGUAGAUUCUGAAAUCAUAAAUGAUGGUGUUGGGGAAGGUCCAACUGCUGAAGUCAUAAUGGAUGAAACCGUGGGAAAAAGUCCAAUUGCAACACCAGAGGGGAAUUUAGCUGAUGUAACAAAAACAGGCCUAACAGCGGCAGAACCUCUAAUUAUAGACUGUAGCAAAAUUCAUGUGGGUGAAGCUGCAAUAAUUUUGGACUGCUUCAAAUGUACUACUACAGAAAGCUCUACACUAAAUGUUUCUGGUCCAUCACAUGAGAUGCCAGAAGGAGGACCUACAAUUCCAGAUGGCAGCAGUAGAGAUAUGGAAGGUGCUGCAAGUUUGGACCCUACUAAAUCUACUGCUUCGAUUGCCCCUGAUCAAUCAAAUGAGCAGUCGGAAGCAAUUGAACCUUCUUUAACUUGUGAGGAACUGAAGAAAAAGCUAGAAGCACAGAUCCAAGCUAUUGAAGAAGUGCAUGGUAAAAUUGAACCAGCAGUGAGCGAGUCACCAGUUUCCCAAACAAAAGCUACUGAAUGUUUGCUUUUACAAACACCUGGGACUGUUGCUGAUAGAGACAUAAAGAAAAGAUCCACAUUAAAGUCAUAUCCUGCUCCACCAAAGACCCCAUCACCAGACUUUGCCAGUAGUACAGCCACAGUUAAAGUUGCUUUGCUCCCUUCUGAUGAUGUGAUGACAGUGGCAUUACCGAUCUGCUUUACAAUAGGGAAGCUAAAAUCACGAUUUGGAAGACAAUUGAAAUUACCUACACAAGUGUUGCAAGUAACAUGUGAUGGUAGAAUGGUAAAGGAUUCUGAAACACUGGUAGAUUUAGGUGUCAGACCACAUGGUGCUAUCCAGCUAGAAUUGAUAUCAACUGACCCUGAAAACUGUCCAAUCAAGCAAAUCAGAACACAGCAGGAAGCUACCACAUCUGAUGUGAUAACGGUCAAAGUUCAGAAAGAUAAUGAGACAAGUUGCUCCGUGGUGGUGGAGAUCGAAAGGCUUCCAUAUCAUAAGCCUUAUUUGGGUGGCUACAGACACAAGCUUACCGGAACAGAAUUCCACCAUGCAGGAACACAAACUCCAUCAAAAAGGAAUUAUAUUUGUGUGGAGAGAUUCUGCCGAGAGACACAGACAGUUUCUGAAAGAAAUCAAUAUCAACAAACAACAAAUAAUACCUCAACCCAGAUGACCAAAAUUGGCUGUUAUGUGUCCAAUAUCACAGAUAAGUUGCUUACUCCAAGACCGUACUUCACUGCUGAAGAAUAUCAUGCUUGUAGGUUGAAUGCGGUGAUUGUAAUACAGACUUACUUCAGACGGUGGUCUGCUAAGAAUUAUGUUCACCAACUGAGAAUGCAGAGGGACCGAAGGCUACAAUGGGAACAGGAGCAGGAAGUAAAAUUUAAAAAAGAAAGAACUGAUUAUAUAAAGAAGCAAUAUGAAAGGAGAAUGAACCCUAAGACAAAAGAAGAUUUUGAUUUACUCUUUCAUGCACUGGAAGAAUGGAAGCAGGAUGAGCUCAGCACCAUAAACCAGAAUCUUACUGGGCCAGAGAGAAAAGCAGCUCUUUACACACUCCUGGAACAAGAAGCAAAGCUCAUUGCAUCUAUUGGAAGGCAUAGAGUUGAUGCUGCUAAGGAAACUGGACCAAAGUUAAUUCAGAAUCUUUUGAAUAAGUGUGCAGACCCAAUAAGAUGGAAAGCGUUUGAUGGGAGAAUCACUGAAAUGGACACACAGUUCACUAUUCGAGCAAGAGAGCUGCAUGAUAUUUACAACAGUAUUAAUAUGAAAUACCUGACCACAGAUGAGAGACUGGAUGCUCUUUUAACAUUAAAGCACACAGUCAAAGAACAUGACUGUAAGUUAACACAGGAAAUUGUGGAUUUGAUUGACCGAGAAGCAGAUCUAAUUAUGAGGCAUGUAAAGGAAACUUACCUGGAUGGACUCAGACAGAGAAUAUCAACACUCUUUCUUCAGUACAUCAAAACACCAAUGUUUAACCCAGAGGUUGCCAGAUUUCUUAAGGUUCCACAAGAUCCAAUGGAAUUGCGCAAAAACAUUUAUUUCUGUUCAGGUUGUGGGAGUUACUUACCUUCCACAGAGUUCCCCCUGUCACUGACUUCACUGAAUCUCCACAUGUGUCGACAAUGCAUUAAGCAGAAUAAUGAAGCUUGUCAUCGUGAAGAGUCAAGCCAGUACAAAAUGAUCAUGAAGCAACUGAGAAAAACUGAGGCAGAUUUUGGAGAUGGAGCCCAAAUAGCAUUCUUGCUGCAGGAACAAGAUAUGAAAUAUCUUAUUGACAGUAUUUGGGGUACACAGUCUGCAUUGAGUGCCAAUGCAAAUCUGAAGGAUCUGAUAAUGAUAAGGUGGGAUAAGAUGUCUGAAUGGUCGCCAUGGAACUGUAUCCUCCUCACAGAAGAAGAAGCUGCAGCUCAUCUUAAACUUGGUGAUAUUGAAAAAGAUUAUGAGCCCAUGUUUAUUCGCAAGAUCAAGCACCGACAUACUUUGGGAAAGAGUUACUUUUCUCGGAUUCCUGAAAUAAUGAAUUACGCACGCACCUGCUUGAUGAAAGACUCAACUUCCACAAAUGAUCUUGUAAUUACAAAUUUAUUACCCACUAAAUGAACGUUACGUCAUUGGAAAACUUCAAUGCUUAAUUUCAAUUAAAGUUAUAGCUUUGUUGAAUAAAACAGUACAAUGUUAUUCCUUAAUCAUAGAUUAUAAGUGAAACAAAAGCUAAUUGAAAUAUCUUUAGUUUAUAGCAACAGACAGUAAAUGAAGUAAUAAGAUUUGGUUUGAAUUCCUCUUUAAAAUUUUCAAUAUAAUCCCAUAAAUUUGAACAUUUUUCUGAUAUUUUCCCAUUAGAGUAGCUAAUUCAAUGGGUACUUGAAAUGAAAUUUGAUCUGUUGCAUAAAAUAUCUGACAGUCUUUAAGUAGGAAAGACUUUACUGCAAAUAGUCUCAGCUAUCACACAUGUAAUUUGAUCUUUUCAGACUGGUGAAAGUAGUAAAACUUCAGCUUAGUUUAAAAGAAUGUAAAUUUUAUUGAAAAGUAAGAUAAUACUAAAGGGAAAAUAUCAAAAUGAUUUUAAUCUUGUGCACUUAAGAUAGAAUCAUACCUUUCUGGAACUAUUUGCACAAAUGCUGGACCUCUGAAAUGUGUUAAAGCAAAAAUGUGAUCUUAUCCUAUCUCCCAGGUGGAUACAAGUCUCAUGCAGAGGUAUCAGUUAGUGAUUAAAUCAAGGAUACAAAGCCUAUCCUGUUAGUAUGCAAACGAACUGGUUUUGUGAAAAUUCAGCUGGCAAAGUUCUAAUUUGUAGUCUCAGAAAAGCUGUCUUCAUUUUCAAACUAACUUGUUCAGAAAAAGAAUUCGAAGCAAUAUUCUAGCUGAAAGCUCUACUUGUGAAAGUGUGACUCCGCAGCUGUUAUCAUUCAUUUAUUCAUUUUAAUAGUUAGUUCAUCUUGUGUGCUCUUGUUUUCCAAACAACAAAACCCUAUGUUAUUUAGGUUGAUUGCAGGAAUUAGUUCCAGUAAAGAAGAUAAAUCUAAAAAGAAUAAAAUUGCAAUACACUAAUUUCAGCCAGGAUGUUAUUCUAUACAGAUAACAUGUUUAUCAUAUUGCUGAAAUUAUGUUAUUAAUGUAAGAUAUUCUGUUAUCCUUUGAAUAAUUGUGUAAAAGUCCAGAAAUGUUGUGCAGUCAUUUUUCCAUAGUGUUUUAGAUUUAAAAUAAAAUGUACAGUACUUCUUGCAUUUAAAAUAAAUGAGAAUCAAAUGACAGAAUGCAUUUGUUCUAAACUAUGGAUGUGAACUCACAUUUUGCAUAAAGAUCUGUCAGGAUCUUUUAUUGUAUUUAUGUUCUCUGUUCUCUAUUCAUAUUGUAUCUUUAUGUUAAAUGAUACACUUAUUGACAUAUUCCUUUGGUCAGUUUAUCAUUUUACAAAUUGAUAACAGUUUUUAAUCAUUGUGGCUAUAUUCAAAUUUUCAAAUUAAAGGUAAGAAAUUCAGUGAAAUACAUAAUUGCUAAAUAUUCUUUUCUUUCUGCAGCAUUGGUAUAAAGUGGGAAAAUAACAGGUCUCAUUAAUGCACUUUUCAGCACUAAUCUCCCUUCUCGCUAACAAGAUCAUGAUUG